AACUGCCCGGGAAGUGUUAGGGGUGAGCUCUGGCUCUAGGAGUAGGCGUCAGGGUGAUUGGUGGUGGAGCGAUUCAAUCCAAAGUAAGGUGGAAGCUAAGAAGGUGUGGCGUAUUUGAGGUACAUGGGCUGCAAUGUUGAGGAGGAAAGAGAGGCAUUACGGGUGGAGUACAAGAAGGCACGUAAAGAAGCUAAGUUAGAGGUUAGAAGGGCAAAGAAUGCCGUUUUUGAACGCCUCUACAAGGAUAUUGAGGAGAAAGGUAGUGUUAAUUCACUAUUCCGGCUUGCUAAGGUGCGUGAGAGGAAGGCGCAAGAUAUAGAUCACGUGAGAUGCGUGAAGGGCAGCAAUGGUAGAGUAUUAGUUGAGACUGCCAAGGUGGCUAAGCGCUGGGGGGAGUACUUUAGUGAACUCUUAAACGCGGGAGGAGACCAGAGGCUAGUUCUUGAUGAGUUGGGGCAAUCUGGGGCGUCUCGUGUGUAUUGCCGGUGCAUUUGCCAGGAAGAGGUGGUUUGGGCCCUCCGCGGGAUGCGUAGUGGGAGAGCUUUGGGACCAGAUGAGAUUCCGGUGGAGUUUUGGAAGCAUGCGGGUUGUGGUGCGAGGGUUUGGUUAACCGAACUUUUCAAUGUUAUCCUCCGGACAGCAAGGAUGCCUGAUGAAUGGAGGGAGAGUCUCUUGGUCCCUCUAUUUAAAGGCAAAGGUGACAUUCAGAGCUGCGAGAAUUACAGAGGCAUCAAACUGCUUAGCCACACCAUGAAGGUUUGGGAGCGAGUCAUUGAGUAUAGGGUGUGGAAAGGGGUUUGCAUCUCUGAGAACCAGUUUGGUUUCAUGCCUGGCAGAUUGACUACAGAGGCCAUUCAUCUCGUGAGGAGGUUAAUGGAAGAGUAUAGGGCUAGGAAGAAGGACCUUCAUAUGGUGUUUAUUGACCUUGAGAAGGCGUACGAUAGGGUGCCAAGGGAGGUCUUAUGGAGGUUCCUUGAGACGAGAGAAGUUCCCAUCGUGCACACUCGCGCUAUCAAGGAUAUGUACGAUGGGGCUAUGACCAGGGUGAGGACUUCUGGCGGCGACUUUGAGUCUUUCUCGGUAGGGAUGGGGUUGCACCAGGGGUCUGCCCUUAGCCCUUUUUUGUUCGCCUUGGUGAUGGACGUCCUAACCCAAGGUGUUCAAGAAGGAGUCCCAUGGUGCACGCUUUUCGCAGAUGAUAUUGUGCUUAUCGACGACACACAUGAGGGACUUAACGAUAAGUUGGAAUUAUGGCGCCUUGCCCAUGAGACUAAAGGAUUCAGAAUAAGUAGGAACAAGACUGAAUACAUGGAAUGUCGUUUCAGCGAGUGUUGGGCGGUUAAGAAGACUCAUGUGCGUCAUCUGCAUGCGGCGGAGAUGCGGAUGUUAAGAUGGAUGUGUGGGAAGACAAAGUUGGAUAGGAUUUCAAACGAAGUUAUCCGACGUCAGGUAGGCAUGGCGCCGGUGGAAGAUAAGUUAUGGGAAGCGAGGUUGAGAUGGUUUGGUCAUGUGAGACGGCAGGAUGCUGACGCCCCUGUUGAGCCAGGGGUCUCUUGGAAACAGCCUCCCUACUUCCGAGUAGGGACAAGAGAUUCCCAUCUGGUGCAUCUCAUUGCGAUCCCAAAGCGGAUAGUUUUACGGAGAUAUUUUAUGGUUGACCCGCUUCUUCGCCCCGAUGGGUUUGGGACUCCGGUCGGCAGACUUCCGAUCAUGAGCGUGGUGCCCCUCAAUGCGGGGCCCACCGUAGCUUUGUCUUCUAGACUCACUCUGUGUAAACCUUCGUGUUGUUCCAAGCGCAAAACAAGGCCCAUUCGUAACCCUAAGCCCUUUAUUGUUACUACACUGGAGAGCGUCCUUAUCACUAAUACAGGCUACAAUCUCCAAGAUGUUGACUUUGAUGAAACCUUUAGGUUAGUGGGGGAGGGGUAUGUCAUUCGCCCUCCUCAUCCCACAAAUCACGUCUUCUCCAUGAAUUGUCCCGACUCCAAGGUCGGAGUUCAUGUUGCAUCGAUGAGGUACAAUAAAAUGGCACUUAUGGUUCCCACCAAAGAUCACUUCCCUGCGCAGUAUUCGGUUUGUGGAGAACUAGAAGAUGCAGUGGCCAUAGUUAGGAGCAAAUUGAGUGUAGAGAAUAUGGACAACACACUUGAUUUGUUUUUUAGAAGUGUUGAAGAUUUAAAGAACACUCUAAACAAAAGGAUUGAUGCAUUCGAGGAUAAGAUUGAUGGUUUGUGUUGUGACGUGAAGGAUAUGUUCACGGUUGUAUGCAGGAAAAGGAAGGGGGCGGUAGACCAUGUGACGAGGGUUGAACGAGGGAAAAGGAAAGAGAUUGGAAAGGAAGAACAAGUGACGAAUGAUGUGGUUGAGCAACAGGCUUCCCAAAGAAGGAGUUGGCAGCAGAAAAUGCUAACAAAAGGAGGGCAUAUCUACGAGCGGUUGUUUCGAGGCUUGUGGGAUUCAAGUUCUCGAGUUGUAAAUGGUUUGUUAAGCACCCAGUUAGCAUGCCGAGACAUGGGAACAUGUGUUCGUUCUGCUUCCACCAUCCGAGCACGUCAAAAUCCACUUCGUCUUCAUCGUAAUCGCAUGGCACACCCUGGUACAUAGCAAGUUCGUUGUGCGAGCUUACUGUUGUACCACUUGAACUCGUCGAAGAAUGAGCACGCUUCCCUUUCUUUGCAAGAAGCCCACCGACUAUUCCGGCAAAACCUUUUUUUGAUUUCGGGGGCGGAGGUGGUGCUGUUUCUUCUUGUACAGUGCCGUAUAACCCUUGAUAUUCCUCAAACAAAUUCUCAAAAAAAGUUACAGCAUUAU